AUGCCUGGGCUCGACUUGAAGAAUCUGCCUGAACGCGAAGAGGACAUCGAUUUCAGCGACAUUUACGAGAAGCACAAAGUUUCGGUUGACGAGGAACUCGAUACGAUCGUCGUUGUCGAUGGCGCACCCAUUGUUGAUGAGAACAAAGAGGAAAAGUUGCUUUCAGUAUUGCGCAAGCUUUUGACCAAGAAUGCUGGCGAAGUCAAGGAGGGUGGUAUUUGGAUGCCUAUGGAGUCCAAGGACGGCAAGCGUGAAAGCAAAGGUUACUUGUUUGUUGACUUUGAAACGCCCGAUGCCGCUUUUGCCGCUGUCAAGAACUUGGAUGGCUACAAAAUGUCCAAGGCCCAUCAGCUUUCUGUCAACCGCUUCACCGAUGUUGAAAAGUACACCAACAUGAACGACAAGUAUGAAGAACCAGAACUUCCCGAAUUCACUCCAAAGGAACAUCUCAAGAGCUGGUUGAUGGAUCCUCAGGCACGUGAUCAGCUCUUGAUCUAUCGUGGCAAGGAAGCUGGCAUCUACUGGAACCGUAAGACCGAGAAACUUGAAGAAGUCUAUGUUCGCUCUGAUUGGACACAAAACUACUUGCAAUGGUCGCCUCUCGGUAGCUAUGUCGCCACUUUCCACGCACAGGGCAUUGCAUUGUGGGGUGGUCCUUCUUGGGCUCAAAUUGUACGCUUCUAUCAUCCUGGUGUCAGACUCAUCGAUUUCUCUCCCAACGAACGUUACCUUGUCACAUGGUCGAGUGAGCCCAUCAGCUUGGCACGCAUUCCUGCUGGUGCACCCCAUCCUUUCUCCGAAUACGAUGAAGGCAACCACACCAUUGUUUGGGAUAUUAAGACUGGUGCAUUGCUUCGUUCAUUCGCUGCUCUUCCCACUGAAGCACAACAAAAGACCGUGAGAUGGCCCAUGUUCAAGUGGUCUCCUUCCGACAAAUACUUUGCACGUGUUGUUCCUGGUCAACAAUUAUCAGUCUAUGAAGCACCUUCGAUGGGUUUGGUUGGCAAGAAGAGUAUCAAGAUUGAAGGCAUUGUCGAUUUCGAAUGGUCUCCAUCUCUUGGUGAGAAAUCGGAUUCUAAGCUCAACCAAAAGGAAGAAAUGCUUGCAUAUUGGACACCUGAAGUUGGCAAUCAACCUGCACGCGUUACCAUGAUGGCUAUGCCUAGCAAGGAGAUUGUCCGCACCAAGAAUUUGUUCAAUGUUACCGAUUGUAUGUUGUUCUGGCAAUCCAAGGGUCACUUUUUGGCUGUCAAGGUCAAUCGUCAUACCAAGACCAAGAAAUCACAAUUCACCAACCUUGAAAUCUUCCGUGUUUGCGAGAAAGCCAUUCCUGUUGAGACUCUUGAGCUUAAGGAUCCUGUACUCAAAUUUGCUUGGGAGCCUAACGGUGAACGUUUUGCCAUCAUUACUACGAACGACCCUGCAUUUGGCGCCACUGCUCCUGGUCCUGGUGGUGCAGCACCCCCUACCACUUUUAAGACGGCCGUUACUUUCUACUAUCUUGACACAAGCAAAGCAGUUGCUGGUUUCCGCCCACUGAAAAAGAUUGACAAGAAGACCACCAACAGCUUGUCGUGGUCUCCCAAGGGUCGACACAUCGUACUUUCAACUUUGCGUAGCCCAAGUGCACAUGAUAUUGAAUUCUGGGAUUUGGACUUUGAGCCAAUGGGUGAAGCCAAGAAGGAUGCUAAGGCCGAACUUGGUUCGACUGUGGUGCAAUUGUCUGCUCAAGAGCAUUAUGGUGUCACUGAUAUUGAAUGGGAUCCAACAGGCCGUUAUGUUGUCAGUGGUUCCAGCUCAUGGCACCAUUCUGCCGACCAUGGUUUCAACAUGUGGGAUUUCAAGGGUCAAUUGUUGCGUCAAGAGAGCAUCGAUCAUUUCAAGCUCAUCAUGUGGCGUCCUCGUCCCAAGAGUUUGUUGACUCCAGAGCAAAAGAAGAAGAUCAAAAAGAACCUUAGACAAUACAGCAAACAAUUCGAAGAAGAAGAUCUUGCUGCUGGUGAUGCCAAUGCUGCUCGUAUCAUUGCCGCUCGUCGGAAGGCUAUUGAGGAUUGGUACGCCUGGAGAAAGCAAGUCGAGAAGCAAAUGCUUGAUGAACGUAAGGCUGCCGGCAAGGAACUUCGAUCAAGUGCCGACGAAGGCAAAUCAGAGACCAUUGAAGAAUGGGUUGAAGAGGUCAUUGAUGAAGUCGAGGAAAUCGUGGAUUAA